CUAUCCUCUCUUUGCUUGGGUGUCAUUUUCCUCCUCAUCGAAAAACCUCUUUGACGUCCUACAAAGACACCAAGUUCUCCUGAGAACAAGCACCAAUCACAACCGUCCAAGACCCAAGCCCGUUUUAUUUUACCAAAACAACAACAACAGCUACUCUACUUCAACAUGCCUCUCUUCUCCCGCCACCCAGAUGAGCCCGUCCAGGAGCCGGUUCCCGAGCCGGUUCCCGUCGAGGAGCGCCCCAAGCGCCACCACGGCCUGUUCGGCAGCCGGCGCUCCCCCUCCCCGACUCCCACCCAUACCACCACGGGCUCGCACGAGAGCGGCCUCAACCGCCAUUCCACUGAUGCCAGCCACACCAGCAGCGGCCACCGCAGCCUGCUGCAGCGCACCUUUGGCAACGGCUCCAUGGGCGAGAUGGACCCCAGCAUCGUGCAGGCUCGCGAGCGCGUCAUGAGCGCCGAGACUGCCGAGAGAGACGCCGACCGCGCCCUGCUGGCCGCUCGCGAGAGCGUCCGCCAAGCCCGCGAGCACGUGCGCAGGCUCGAGCUCGAGGCCGAGGAAGAGGCCCGCCUGGCCAAGAUCAAGCAGUACCACGCCCGCGAGGUCUCCAAGCGCGGCAAGCAGCUCGGCCGCCACGAUGUCUAAGCGGACAUGCCCCUUGUGUGUUUGCUCUCGUCUCCUGAUACCCGCCAAUUGGGG